CAGCAGCAGCAGCACGAACGGCAGCAGCAUCCGCAGCAGCAGCAGCAGCAGCAGCAGCAGCAGCGGCGGCGUGCUGGGGGAAGGCCUGCUGGACUUGUUGGUGCCAGUGUGUGUGCGCGAGGGGGCCCGCAAAGGCCCGCACAGCCACUUGCGGCUGUUAGUCGAGCGGCUGCAGUACUGCCUCGAGAGCCAGCGGCAGCAAUUUGCCAGCGAGUGCAAACUCGCUGAAGACUGGGCCAAACGCCACGCCCAGGGGCCCCCCGCGAGCGCCGCUGAGACGGAGUCCGAGGCGGAGGGGGGGGGGGCAGAGGCAGCCGCGGCUGCGGGGAAAAGAACGGCCGAGCAGUGA